AUGGCUCCGGUGGUGUCCACGCUGCGGGCCGGGUCUGGGGCCGGGUCCGGGUCCGGGGCCAGGUCGCUCCCCGAGCGGGUGCUGAGGCAGUAUCUGCUGCUGCUGCGUCUCUACCCGGUGCUCACCAAGGCGGCCACCAGUGGGAUUCUGUCAGCUUUUGGGAACUUCCUGUCCCAGAUUAUUGAGAGAGUCCGGAAAAAGGGAAGAUGGUUUCAAAAUCUGGACCUCACAGGGCCUCUCAGAUAUGCUAUUUUUGGCUUCUUCUUCUCAGGGCCUCUCAGUCACUUCCUCUACUUGUACCUGGACCACUGGAUCCCUGCUACUCUACCCUUUUCAGGAGUCAGGAGGCUCCUGUUGGACCGGCUCGUCUUUGCACCAGCCUUCCUGUUGCUGUUCUUCUUCUGCAUGAACUUUCUUGAGGGAAAAGACAUGGCAGCCUUCUCUGCAAAAGUGAAAACAGGUUACUGGCCUGCUCUACAAAUGAACUGGAAAGUAUGGACCCCAAUUCAGUUUAUUAACAUUAACUAUAUUCCUCUGCAGUUCCGGGUGCUGUUUGCCAACAUGGUGGCUCUCUUCUGGUACACCUAUUUGGCCUCUCUUGGGAAGUGAAGAUGGCCCGGGGAGCACAGCAGGUUCACCACAGUCCCUCGGCCUGCAGGGCCUGGGGACAGGCUAUGUAUGGCUCAUCCUGACAGGGUUUGCACUGAAUCACCCUCCAAAGGCUUCAUUAAAGUAUCAAUGACUAUAUGUGAUUCCACAUGAUCCAGAAGUAUGGGAAUGACAAUAAAAAUUGGCUAACAUGGAACCUUGUGUCCAAGAUAGGCAACAGGUCUUUUAGAAUGGGUGCUAUCCUUUCACUGGAAAUUUUAGCACUUAAAGAAUCAUCAGUGUUCAGAAGUAAAUUUGGGAUAAAUCAAAAUUAAAAUAAGCUACAAUGUCAA